UUCUCUAACACCAUCAUAUCUUCCUCACCAACAUUGUCAUGACUGCUCUGAUUCUACCUCGUCCUUUCAAACUCAACGCGAAAGCGAGGCUAGCGGACGCGAAGCCAGCCCCAGCUCUCGACGAUUUACCAUUCGUGCUCCAUGGCCGCAAAAGAGGCCCUCGACCUCCCAUUCUCUCUUAUGGCUUUCUCGCUGACAAACAGAAGCUGAAAGACAUGUGUGCUGAGCUCUUUGACUAUUCCCCUACAUCUUACGGUGACGCCGAGAUGUAUGUGCCGGAUGCUGCGAUAUGGACGACACUCAACCACAUGGCCAACACAUUCAAACACAAGAUCACUUUCGAUUUUAUAUUAUUUGAGGGGCGGGGCCAACUGAUGAUCGCUAUCACCAACAACUAUCGCAUGCACCGUAAACGUGAAGAGAUAGCACGGAAGGUGGCCGAAUUUUUACAGCUCCCGGCGGACGAGAAACCACGGUGGUUCUUGAGCGAAGAGCGAUGGUGGUGGGAGAGGUGCUAGGACCUAUUGAACUGUUCACUUGUAUUUUUCUCUUUCUCGUAGUUAGUUUCACUGCUUACCAGGCGACUUUGGUGCCGUAUUACCUGUACAUUUGAUACCCACAUUUUUCUGGCUGUAGGAUUUGCAAUCCACAGCCGUUCGCGUCAUGAGCAUGUUAUACGAAGAGCCAAAUUUGGCAAAAUC